AAUUGUAACAAAAUAAAUUUAAUUAUUAUUUUAAAUAUCUACAAACCUAUUCGUACUAUAUUUAUACAAGAAGAGUUCAUAAAAGUUUCUAACAUAUUUUUUUUUUUCAUAAAAAAUAAACUUUCUAGGCUUUAAUAAACACUAGAAAACAAACAUAGUACAUAAUUUAUUUUUAAGCAGAAUUAUUACAUUUAGUAGGGGGAGUAUUAAUUGGUAAUUCCCUUUUUGGCUCCAAGUAUUAAUUAUGAUUUUAUUUCAUCUCAUCUACCGUUCUAUAUAUAAACAACAGAAAUUUCUCACUCACUUCGAAAAAAGUUAAAACCUUUCCUUUCUCCUUCUCUCUCUCUUUUCACAGAAAAAGAAAAAGCUCUAUCUUUCACACUGUUUUCUGAGUUGUCUUAAGCACAAAAACCCACACACACCAAGCAGAGAUUCACAACAACACUAAGAGUGUCACACAAAGUCACUCAAACUUGCUGUCUCUGUCAUAUUUUGCUCUCUUUUAUCAUAUUAUUAUUAUGUUCACACCAAAACCUCCCAUUCUAGAAGCCUAAGCCAAGAAAAACCAAAAGAGUGGAAGAAGAAGAAUAAGAAAUAAAAAAGCAAAAUGCUUCUCUUCUUAUUUCUAUUGAUCUCUUCUCCUUUGACACUUGGUCUUAACCAAGAAGGUCUCUACCUCCAACGAGUCAAGACCUCUCUUGAUGAUCCUGACUCGGCUCUUUCCUCCUGGAAUGACCGCGAUGACACCCCAUGUUCGUGGCGCGGCGUCACAUGUGAUUCCUCCUCUCGUUCAGUCAACUCCGUUGACCUCUCCAACGCCAACGUCGCCGGACCUUUCCCAACAGUCGUUUGUAGGCUUCAAAAUCUUACCUUUCUCUCUCUUUUCAACAACUCUAUCAAUUCUACUCUUCCCCUUGAUGUCUCCACGUGUCAGUCUCUCCGUCAUCUCGACCUGUCUCAGAAUCUGCUCACUGGUGCUCUGCCCCACUCGCUUGCUGACUUGCCGGAGCUUAAGUACUUGGACUUGACUGGAAACAACUUUUCAGGUGAGAUUCCGGUCAGUUUUGGCCGGUUUCAGAAGCUUGAGGUGAUAUCCCUUGUUUAUAAUCUUUUUGACGGCGUUUUACCUCCGUUUUUUGGGAAUGUAAGUAGUCUGAAAAUGCUUAACCUUUCUUACAACCCAUUUUUACCGGGUCGGAUCCCGCCGGAGUUUGGCAACCUUACGAAUCUUGAGGUUCUGUGGCUGACGGACUGUAAUUUGGUGGGUGAGAUUCCUGACUCGUUGGGUCAACUCAAGAUGUUGAAAGAUUUGGACCUGGCUAUCAACAACUUGCACGGACCGAUCCCAUCUUCCCUCGUUGGUUUGUCAAGUGUGGUUCAGAUUGAGCUCUACAAUAACUCGUUGUCCGGCGAGUUGCCUCCAGGAAUGUCGAACUUAACGGCAUUGAGGCUCCUUGAUGCGUCGAUGAACGAGUUGUCUGGGACGAUUCCGGAGGAGCUUUGCAAUUUGUCCCUCGAAAGCCUUAAUCUCUACGAGAACCGCUUUCAAGGAAAGUUACCGGAGAGCAUUGUCAACUCCCCGGCACUGUACGAGCUAAGGCUUUUCAGAAACUUCCUCACCGGAGAGCUUCCAAAGAAUCUCGGCAAGAAUUCCCCGUUACGGUGGCUUGAUGUUUCUAGCAACAACUUUACCGGCGAAAUUCCAGAGACCCUUUGCGAAAAAAGCGAGUUAGAGGAGCUUCUGAUGAUAGACAACUCGUUCUCCGGCGAAAUCCCAGCAAGUCUUGGCGACUGCGAGAGUUUGGUUCGGCUUCGUUUAGGACAUAACCAGUUAUCCGGCGAAGUUCCGGCCGGUGUUUGGGGACUCCCACGUGUUUAUUUGCUGGAACUAGUGGAGAACAAACUUUCUGGGUCGAUAGCGAAGACCAUUGCCGGAGCGGCGAACCUUUCCCUUCUUAUAAUCUCGAAGAACAAUUUCACCGGACCAAUCCCAGAAGAGAUCGGGUGGGUUGAAAAUCUUGUGGAGCUUUUGGGUUACGACAAUGGUCUUAGUGGUCCUCUGCCAGAGAGUAUAGUGAGUCUUCCACAGCUCGCAACGUUGGAUCUUCACAGCAAUGAGCUCUCUGGUCACUUUCCAACCAAAAUCGAAUCAUGGAAGAAGCUCAAUGAAUUAAAUCUAGCAAACAACAAACUUUCCGGGAAAAUCCCAAGUGGAAUUGGGAAAAUGGCUGUGCUUAAUUAUCUUGAUCUUUCAGACAAUCAAUUUUCUGGAGAAGUCCCUUUUGGGCUUCAGAAUCUGAAACUCAAUCUGCUCAAUCUAUCGAACAACCGUCUUUCCGGUGAUCUUCCUCCUUCACUAGCUAAGGCCACUUACAAAACCAGUUUUAUAGGCAAUCCUGGCCUUUGUGGAAGCUUAAAAGGCUUAUGCGAUAAUAGUACUGAGGCUAAGAGCCAAGGUUACAUUUGGGUUCUUAGAAGCAUGUUCAUUCUCGCAAGCUUAGUCUUUGUGGUGGGUGUCGUUUUGUUUUACUUGAAGUACAGGAAAUUCAAGAACGCAAAGAGAGCCAUAGACAAGUCCAAAUGGACAUUAAUGUCGUUCCACAAACUGGGUUUCAGUGAGUAUGAGAUUCUUGAUUGUCUAGAUGAAGAUAAUGUCAUCGGCAGUGGCGGUUCCGGGAAAGUCUACAAAGUGGUUCUUAGCAAUGGUGAGGCCGUAGCUGUGAAAAAGCUCUGGGGAGGUGUGAAAAAGGACUGCGAAAGUGAUGACCUCGAAAAGGGAGGGGGUCAAGAUGAUGGAUUUGAAGCAGAGGUGGAGACUUUGGGGAAGAUUAGGCACAAGAGUAUUGUUAAAUUGUGGUGCUGUUGCACAACUAGGGAUUGCAAACUCCUGGUUUAUGAGUACAUGUCUAAUGGUAGUCUAGGCGAUUUGCUUCACAGCAGUAAAGGAGGUCUGCUCGACUGGCCGACAAGGUUCAAAAUUGCUGUUGAUGCAGCAGAGGGACUUUCCUAUCUUCACCACGACUGUGUUCCUCCCAUUGUACACAGAGAUGUGAAAUCUAAUAAUAUCUUGUUGGAUGGCGAUUUUGGUGCAAGAGUGGCCGAUUUUGGAGUUGCUAAGGUGGUUGAUUUAUCUGGGAAAGGGCCUAAGUCCAUGUCUGUCAUAGCUGGUUCAUGUGGAUACAUUGCUCCUGAAUAUGCAUACACACUAAGAGUGAAUGAAAAAAGUGACAUAUAUAGCUUUGGAGUUGUUAUACUGGAGUUAGUCACUGGUAGACUCCCAGUUGAUCCAGAUUUUGGGGAAAAGGAUUUGGUUAAGUGGGUUUGUACCACUUUAGAUCAGAAAGGAGUUGACCAUAUCAUCGACUCUAAACUGGAUUCAUGUUACAAGGAAGAAGUGUGCAAAGUCCUCAAUAUUGGGCUGCUUUGCACUAGCCCUCUUCCGAUCAAUCGACCCUCAAUGAGAAGGGUUGUGAAAUUGCUUCAAGAAGUUGGUGGUGCCGCCGAGAUCAAGGCAGCCAAGAAGGACGGCAAACUGUCCCCUUACUAUUAUGAAGACACCUCCGAUCAUGGCAGUGUAGCCUAGGCACAAAUAUUAUAUUUUUUUUUUUUGUUUUUCCUUUUAUUUUAAGUAUCUUGAGCUUUUAUAUUCUCAAUCAAAUUGGUGGUUUUUUUUUUUCUUCUGAAAGUAGUUGUGAGGGAGGGGAAAGGAUUAGAGAAUUUUUUUUUAAUUUGAACUUAGGGAAAACAAAAAGUGCAAAAAAAAAAAAAAGGGAGAAUUAUAAUUGUGAUGGUAGUUGGUUGAUGUUCUACAACUAUACUGUAAAUUAAAUGUGAAAGUUUUAUUUCAUCUACCCGAAUAUUUAGGCUGUUGGCUCGAUAUGAAAGUGAUUGUGAUUUCACAGAGAAACACUGAAAUUUGUCUUGUUC